GUUAUAGUCCUGAUUAAUGAACAGUUUGCUGGGGCUCAUUCACAAGAACUGACUGAAAAUGAAUGUUUUGGUUUUAUCGUUUAUUAGUGUCGUCGUGCCUGGCGUGUUUUCACAGAUACCAACGCAGAAUAUCUUAAAGUGUCGCUUAUGCAACAAUGCCAGGACAUUAGCCGACUGUUCCACGCUUACUUUGUGUACCAAUCAAACACAGGAAUGUUACAUGGAGGAAGUGAUUACCUCGUCCUCUACCAUUGUCUACAAUGGCGGAUGCCGUGCAAUAAACCGCUGUUCAACUUCAUCGACGGCCAUUGGAAAACGACAGGGAGACUUGAUCUCAUGCUCGGAAUGUUGCAAAAGUGGACAUGAUUGCAAUUCUAAGAUGUGCGGUAUAAAGAACCCCUUAGCUAAUUCUCAAUGCUACUUCUGUGACUCGGCGCACUCAGCCCAAGGAGACGUCACUGAUCCAGAGGAUUGCAUUACUAUGACAACAUGCGAUGUAGACCAGGCCUGUUUUGGGCAAAACAAGUACUAUCCAGGGCAACCUACGAGCUUCAGAUACGGAUGUUUCAAUUUCGAGAUAUGCCGCGUUAUGAUGAAAAAUGCAUUUGACGACUUAGCCCGAUGCCUUGCACCAAAUGCCACUAAUUGUGGAACUGAUCAUUCGGGAAUCUGUAACGUUUGCUGUAGAGGUGGAGGAUGUAACUAUGGUGAUUGUCAUACACUAAGACAGCGACUGUUUGAGGAGUACAAUCGUGGUGUGUUUAGUGUUGACACCUUGAAGUCCACGCCUGGUGUAACAGGGUAACACAUGCGGAGCGGACUUUUAGACAGUGAGGUCGCCGUACAGACGACUGUGAAAUGCCUUGUUUGUAUUGCAAUACAUUGAAAUAAGGGUAUUUUCUCA